ACUCUUCCUCCAGCGUCUAUCAGCGCUUGACAGCAUUUGCUGCUGGGGUUCUGACCUGGAUGAGCACAGCAUGGCUGUGUUUGAGAACAGCUCUGUGCUUCUGGACCUGAAAACUUUGUCUUUCAAGGAAAAGAAGAAGCUGAAGUCAGCAAUAACAGAGAAUGGGGGCACCAUUUCCUUUGUGGUCAAUAAACAGUGCUCUCUGAUAGUGACCAAUGAUGUGUCGACUGUGAGCGCCAGCAGACUACGUAACAUCAGAAAGUACCAAACCCCUGUGGUCAGGGUGGAUUAUGUGUACACCUGUGUGGAAAGAGGAGCUCUGCUACCUGUUGAUGAAUACAAAUUGGACAUUUCCUCUACUUCAGCUUCCUCACCUCCUCUUCCUCUCUACUCACCGAAUCCAGUCCCAAUAAAAUGUCAAGAGCCAAUGAGUGCAGUGCAAUUUGAGCAGACCAAGGUCCAAGCCAAGCCUGUGGACCCUGCCCAUCCCAGUCAGUGGCUUGAGAGUGUGCCGAGCUGUGCGCCCGUCCUGUUAAAGUACAGACUUUACUCUGAAACUGAUCCCGAUCUCCCGUCGUAUCCGGAUCAUUUUCAAGUGGCCAAGUAUUCAAUCUUUAAAAAGAGUAGGAGCAACACUUGGUUUGUUGUAGAGCUGCAGAGCUGCAAAGGAGAGAAAGGACAGCUGUACCGCGUGGUCAGAUACUGGAAGAACGAUGUAAAUACCAAGACUCCAGAGGCAGUGAAGGAGGUGCUUGUGUUUCCGUCCACUGCAGAGGAAGCGUUUGAGGUGUUUGUUGCAGUGAGGGACACCUUGCAGGUCAAUGCUCUGUGUGGGGGGUUCCACAGCGUUCCACAGGCCCCGGGACUCGGUUCAGCACCUCUGCAUCAGCUGCUGCUGGAGGAGAAACUGAGCCAAGUAAACUUAUCACAGGAAGUGGCUGUUUUUGUGGAGCUGCUGUGGACUGAGGCCCUGGGUUACCUUGACAACAUCCUCCUGGUUUCAAUCGACAAGCUCAGCCUCAAUGAUGUGAGCAGAGCAGAAGGCUUGUUAGUCCAGAUUCAGAGGAAGCUAAAGGAGGGGGAAAGGACUGGAAAAGAACUGGUAGAUCUCCUCGUCGAGUUUAACGUCUUGCUGCCACACAAGAGGCCCAAUUGUGUUCCUGACCCCAGGGACAUCUCUCAAAAACUGGACCUCUGUCAGUUGAUUAGAGAUGUCCUGAAUGUGACUGAGAUGACUCUGAGAAGCCCAACUCCUUCCUGUGUGGGGAAGUACCGCGCACUCAGGUGCUGCAUUGAGACCGUUCCCCCCAGAUGCUCGGAGUUUCACGCCGUGACCACCCUGCUGCGAGACAGGAAAAUGGUGAUCAAACAGGUUCUGAGAGUCGGCAGAGGGGUGGAGCUUCAGACUUUUAAAAGUGAGAUCGGGAACAUAAAGCCACUUCUUCAUUCUUCCAGCCCCAGCAACUUUGUCGGAAUCCUUUCUCGUGGUCUGCUGUUGCCUCAUGUUGGAGUGGAGCAUCAUGGGAUUGGGAGAACAGAUAUUGGUAAUCUGGGCAGUGGAAUCUACUUCACCAACGCUAUUGGGAGCUGUUUGAAAUACUCCAAGCCCAGUGUGACUGACGGCUCUCGGCUGCUGUUGGUGUGUGACGUGGCGUUGGGAGAUUGCAAGGACGUCACCGAAAGAGACUUCACGCUGACCGAAGCCCCAGAGGGACACCACAGCGUGCACGGAGUCCGCUGCACCCCAAACUCUCGCUCUGAGUUCGAGGAUGAUGAGUACGUGGUGUAUAGUCCCGAUCAAGUGAAACUCAAGUACGUGGUUCAGUUCAGCCUCGAGGGCGACCAACCGAAGGAGUUCUGCCCUGACGUCAACAUCUCCCGUGAAGCUUUCUCUAAUGAAUUGAUCAAUUUGGAGGCUGACGGAGUCGAAAUCAUCAAAAACCCAAUGGAGGACGUGACGCCUGGACUGUUAGACAGCUCUGGUCAGCAGCUCCCUCUGCAGGCUGUUCAUGUGAAGUGCAAACUGAUGGAUUUGGUCUCGCAGGUCAUCAUUUUCCAGAAAUACACCAACAUGAGCACUGUGCCCAUUGAGGCGAAGUAUGUCUUCCCGCUGGACGAUUUAGCAGCAGUGUGCGGAUUUGAGGCGUUCAUUAACGGGAAACAUGUGGUGGGAAAGGUGAAGGAGAAAUUGGAGGCUCGGAGAGAAUACAAACAGGCUAUUGAGAAAGGUCACGGAGCAUAUCUCAUGGACCAGGAUGCCCCUGACGUGUUCACCAUCAGUGUGGGCAAUCUGCCGCCCGGUGCAACCGUCGUCAUCAAAGUUACCUUUGUGUCCGAGCUGAUCGUCAGGGAUGGGAGCGUUCUCUUCUCCCUGCCCGGGACCGUGGCUCCGUGGCAGGAGCGGUCAGCACUCAACCAGACCACACAAGUCAGUGUGGAUAAGGUGUGUGUAGACGGAGAGGCUGCAAGUUCAAGAGAUUUCACUCUGGACAUGUCCAUUGAGAUGCCCUUUGUAAUGAGCAGCCUGCAGUGCAUCACUCAUCAAGUCAAGAUGAAGAGAACAGACUGUAAGGCGGUAGUGAGCGUGCUACCAGGACAAGCCAUGGGUGUGGAGGGUUUCCAGCUGUCGGUCGGUCUGUCUGUGGUCCACCUGCCCAGGAUGUGGGUGGAGAAACACCCUGACAAAGACAGCCAGGCCUGCAUGUUGGUUUUCUAUCCAGACUUUGACAACGGUUGCAGCUCAGAAGCCAAUGAAGUCAUCCUGUUACUGGACACGUCCGAGUCCAUGAAGGGAGAGCCCCUCCAAAUGGCCCAGAGAAUCGCCCUUCAGGUCCUCAAAGCCCUAAGCAAUGACCUCAGAGUCAAUGCCAUGAUAUUUGGCACUGAUUAUUGGGGAGCGUUCCAGAUACCAUGCCCUCUUGCUGACAGUCGUAGGGUCAUGGGGAACUUCAUCAAGAAAUUCUAUCCAAGAGGUGGCAGCACUGAGCUUUGGCAGCCCCUGCGCACUCUCAGCCUGCUGCCUCCAUCCCGGGGCGUCAGAAACCUGCUGCUGCUGUCAGACGGCCACAUUCACAACGCAGAGCUCACCUUGAAGCUGGUCAGAGACAACGUUCAGCACAGUCGCCUCUUCACCUGUGGCAUCAGCCCAACAGCCAACCGGCACAUGCUGAGAACUCUGGCCCAGGCAGGGGGUGGAGCCUACGAAUUCUUUGACACAAAAAUGAAGCACAACUGGGCAGAAAAGGUGGAGCGUCAGGUGAAGCGCAUGGCAGCACCGGGCUGCAGCUCGGUGUCAGUGAAGUGGCAGCAGUUCAGCCCAACUGCGCCCUCUCCUGUGCAAGCCCCGAAACAGCUCCACGCUCUCUUCAAUAACUGUCACACGCUGGUUUACGGCUUUGUACCGCACUGCACCCAGGCCACCCUCCUUGGCAACCUGAGUGGUCAGGAGCUCAAAACCAUGGUGUCCACCAGUGAGCUGCAGAAAACUAGAGGCACAUUUCUUCACAAGCUCACAGCAAGAGCCCUCAUCAGGGAUUAUGAAGAUGGAAGCCUGGACAUCAGUGAAGCUGAACAUGAGGGAAAGAAAGCAGAGUUGAAGUCCUUCAUCAUCGAGUUAAGCAAGGAGUUCUCCAUUCUCUCUCAGUUCACCAGCUUUGUGGCCGUUGAGGAAAGGGACACGGAACAGCCUGAGGAGGGUUUCACAGACAUCCCCAAGUUGAUUGCAGAAGAAGAUGUGGACGUCCUUCCUUACAUGGGCUGGAAAUCUCCUCAGGACAGCGGAGAAGAGAUAGAGGAAGUGGAAAAAAUGGCGUUUUCGUUUUCAUCUGAGGACACGAGUGAUUCCAUGCAGGAUGAGGAAGAGGAAACCAUGGACGUGUGCGCUGAGUUAGAAAGCUAUCGAGUAGCAGGUGGAUCUGCGAUAGAUCUCAAGAACAUUGUCAUGGAAGCGCAAGGCAUGGACAUUUCAUUUGAGGAAGACCAUUACCAUGGUGCUACGAUUCCUGAAAAUAUAUUUGAGAAGGAGAAGCAGUGCCCUGCUACAUUAUACAGGAAAUGUUCAAGAUAUAGGAUGUCCACAAAAGGGGUGCAUGAAGAGAUUGAUCCUCAUUCUGAAAGAGAAAGAACUGUCUUCAAAGCCCAAGGAAGGGAAAUUCCACAUAUGCAUGCUCCUACUCCUCCUCCUCCUGCUCCUCUUGCCUAUAUUUCCGGUUCUUCAAUCGUUCCCCAGCAUCUUUCACCCUAUCUUGCAUCUCAAAUAAGUCUUGGUGUGGACCGGGACCUACAGAGUGUGGACCUGGAGACCCUGAAUCUCAGUAUGGAACCAUUUGAAGGUGCAAGAAGACCCACCAGAAGAUCCCCAAGAACAGCAAGCAAACAACUGAGCUCUGAGGACAUUGUCGUGGAAGAGCAAGACAUGUUAGUUUCAUUAAAGAAGGCAUCGUCCUGGGUGCCUAUGAAUCUUCUAUUAGGUUCGGUGAAACAAAGUGCUCCAAUACCUAGGAGGUCCGCACAAGCGACGCAUGUAGAUCUUCAUUCUUAUUCUGAAAGACAGAGAUCUGGCUUGUAUGUCAAAGCCCAAGAAAAGGGAAUUCCACACAAACCUGCUCCUGCUCCUCCUCCUCCUCCUUCACUCCCUGCCCCCCCACCUCCACCCCAUCUUGUUAGACUUCCUUUACAUCUAAUCCCAUGUCCACCUGGAAGCCAUGCACCUCCACCUCCUCCCCCUUGUCCUAUUCCUAUCCAAACCAAGGCUCCAAUGCAUCAGCCACCUCCUCCCCUUCGUAUUUCCCCUCCGACCAUAGUGAGGUAUGGUGCCACUCCACCACCACCACCACCUCCUCCUCCUCCUCCUGUUUCACACUCUCCUUCAAUCACCUAUGCUUCAGAAAGCGUUGGAGGCAUUAUGGACCUUUCAAUGUCUGAAGAAAAACACACUCUCGCUUGCACUCCAUCAGCAAGCGCUGGUUUUGGUGCGUCUCUGGACCUAGAGAGGGGGGUUCUGGACAGCCUGGCUCUUGAUAUGGCCUCAGUUCAAGUCCCAAGAAGUGCUGAAAAAGAAAGCUCUGUUUUGUAUGGGACAUCAUACAGCACUCAUUCUCUGUCUCAGGUUCAACCCUUGAGAACACAAUCAUUACAUGGAGCACCUAUUCCACCAACAGGUGUUUCUUUUAAGGCAGCAAUGUUCCAGGUGUGUAGUCCAUCCUCUUUGCUUGCACCAAAGAAGAGAGUGAAAACGCGAAGGUAUCUCGCCAGACGUGUGUUGCCAGACCAUGGACUGCCGAAUCUCAAAUGGUCAGAGAUCUUCCAGAUGCAGCACUCUGAAGGCUACUGGGAAUUGACUCCAGAACUGGGAGAGAUCAUCAGUGUUAACCUGGAUUUCUUUGCCAACGUGUUCCUGAAGAACAAAGGCAUCGUUUCUUUAGGUGUGAGAGCCCAUGCGGACAUCCUGAGGCUGGUGGCAACUCUUCUGAUUCUGCAGCUGAUGAGGGUGGAGAAGCUGGAGGAAGGCAAACUGCUCCGCACCCUCUUCUGUCUGGACAACUCCUCUCAGCCCAGGCCAGAGCGCUGGGAGGAGGUUAAGAGGGCGGUGGAGUGGGUUCGCUGGGCUGACAGACAGUACCCGAGUAUCUACAGCCGUCUGGAGUUCGGUUUGAGCUGGGAGUCGUCUACCCGUCAGCUGCUGGGCUACGAAAACCCGCCUCCCUUCUCACCGCUCAGUGGUUUGAACCUGCAGAGGACUGAAGCCCCUCUGCUGGUGCACUGAAGUGGCCAAUAAGGUUAAUGAAGAAAAUCAAAAGUGUUAGCCUUUUUAAUGAGAACUUUUAAUGUCCCUAGAAACCCGCAACCUCUGUUGUUCACUCAUAUGUGCUGUGCUUUAACGUCUAAUCUCUUUUAUGUAAUUGGGAUUAUAAUUUGCAAAAAAAAUGUGCAUAAUUUUCUUUUAAAACUAUUGAAUAAGACCAUUAAGUGCUCGUGAAAAUGUUUACAUUUGUUAUGAAUCAAGUGACAAGUAGAAGCUUAUUAUCCCAUAGACUUCCAUUCAAAUCAGCAGUUGCCCCCCCCGGUGGCUAACUGCUACAUCCAGGACAUUCAUCUUCCAUUUUUAUGUACAAUCUGUGGUUGGACCAUAAAAUCAUGACGACAAAAAGACAAAACACAGCUCAGAGACAACUUCAGGCUUUUUUUUCUGUUCUUUCCUCAAUAUUAACAGUUAAUUCAGUAAAUAAAACAUAAACAGCUGUAAAACUGAACUAUAUAUCAGAUCUGUUGCUGCAGUAUGUACUAAAACGCUAGAUGGUAGUGUUGGCAUAUUUUAUAAUAGCUGCUUUUCUUUCACACUUCCUAUCACCUUGUUUUCCUCCCUUUCUCCCAUUUUUUAUUAUCUACAGUAUAUAUAAAGUAAAAAAUGCACGAAAA